AUGGACGUGCUGGCCAGUUCCAGUAUCUUCCAGGAGCUGCAGCUGGUGCACGACACGGGCUACUUCUCCGCCUUGCCCUCCCUGGAGGAGACCUGGCAGCAGACAUGCCUUGAGCUGGAACGCUAUCUUCAGACAGAGCCCAGGAAGAUCUCGGAGAACUUUGGAGAUGAUUUGGAGUGCUUUCUUCAUACCUCCUCUGCUCAAGGCAGAGAAGAUGAUAUCCAGCGGCUGGAUCCCCUCUUGUUACCAUUAGAUAUCAGUACGUGUGACAGAAAUGCCAACAUGGACGUUAUCCUCUCACGGGACAAGCUUCUGUCUGAGACUUGCCUCAGUUUACAGCCGACCAGUUCCUCCACUGAGGGCUAUACUGCCGUUAAUCAGGCCCAACUCAACGCAGUGACCUCACUAACGCCUCCGUCCUCGCCUGAGCUUAGCCGCCAUCUUGUAAAGACUUCGCAGACUGUCUCCCCUGUAGAUAGCACAGUCACUCUGAAAUUAGUGGCAAAGAAAACUGCUCUCAGCUCCGUCAAGGUUGGUGUAGUGGCACCAGCUAGCACAACCAAGUGUGCACUCAGCGAUAGUGAGCAAGGAGGGGCAGGGACUGACGCAUCCCCUGAAAACAAGAAGAGGGUUCAUCGCUGUCAAUUUAAUGGGUGCCGGAAGGUUUAUACAAAGAGCUCACACUUAAAAGCCCACCAAAGGACUCACACAGGUGAGAAGCCUUACAAGUGUUCGUGGGAAGGGUGUGAGUGGCGUUUUGCACGAAGCGAUGAACUUACGAGGCACUACAGGAAACACACAGGGGCAAAGCCCUUUAAAUGCAACCAUUGUGACAGGUGUUUUUCAAGGUCUGAUCACCUUGCCCUUCAUAUGAAGAGACACAUCUAAGCGCCUGAGAUGGCUCAACAUGGCCCAGAUGUAUCCUGGGUAGAAUGGAGUCCUGCCUUUCAGGAGAAAAGAACUUGAUCACAUGUAAACCUCUGUACACAAACUGUGCACUAAAUGCUGUCAUGCACCCAACUGUACUCAGUGAUGAACAUCCAUUCUUUGCGCCUUGCCCUUCUGGAAGGCAGGAGACGUGUGCGAGAAAACGGGCUGCAGGAGAAGUCACUAAGACAACAAUGGCAUAUGGCAGUUCAGCAGUCUGGAAUUUGUAUUCCUUGUUUAUUGCCAAUGGAAACAAAAGGAUAUGGAAGGCAAUUUCCUGGACAGGAGUUGAAGGAGCUUAUGUCACUUGCUUCUCUGUGAAGCUUGAUUGAGGGAAAACUAAUUUUGGAAUUGCAUAUUUGUAGCACUAACUUUUCUUUUUAAAUAGAUUUUGAAGGAAAAACUAAUA